CAGCGAGUCCUGAUGUAACAGUAGUCUGUCAAGUUUAGCACGACGUGUAAUGUAAAGGGGCUGUUAGAUAGAGUCUUACUUUGCCUUGAUAGGAGAAAUGUUAGUCCAUAUUAUAGUAGCAGCUAUUUGAGUAUGUUACUGGAAACCGUCGUGGUUCAUUAGCUGUCUUGGUCAAUGUUUGAUGUGUUAAACAUUCUCUGGUUAAACUUAGCUGAUAACAUUAGCUAACUUUAACUAGCACUGUUUGGCCUAUGGACAUUCUCACUCGAACGAACAUAAAAUAUCACUGACAGUGACCGGACCAUUUCCAUUUUUGAAGUAGGCAGUAGUAGUGCCAGAGAGGGUUAAAGAGGAGCUUUAUCUUUGGUUGUGCCUUUGUCCUUCAAAACUAAGGAUGUUGGAAGAUGGCUACCAGAUUGCUUGAAUCCUUCAAUGAGUUUGACAGUUAUUCCCAGGAAGUUCUGAGUAGACGUUCAAGGUGGAACAAACUCAAUCAUGGAGAGAAGUGCUCUACCACCUUUGAUGAUCUCGGUGUGUCCUUUGGUGUUCAGCAUGACUGGGCAUUUGACCUGCCCUGCAACAGCAACACACCGAGAUCGAAAUUAAACAUUGAAAUUAUACAUAAGAAGAAUCCAACUCGCAGACAGAGGAAAGCAAAGUAUGUUCCCCCACCAUCCCACAAAGAGCCUAGGUCUGUAAAGACAGUCUGUAGCAAAGUUUACAUCUGUCCAUUCACAAGCACUGAGGAUUUGGCCCAAAGGACUGAUGACCGCAAAGAUAAGGAAGAGGAUUCAUAUGGCUUUAUGGUUGUAAGAUUAAAUAAACCACAGUCCCUUGCUUCUAAAAAGUAUGCACCACACAGAACGAAGUGGUCGAGAGAGCUAGAACGGUUGGCCCCGAUGGAUGUGCAUCUGAAAUACAACAGCAAGGCUCUGACUGGUGGAGCCUUACAUUACACCAACACUUCUCACUGGAGCUCCAGCCCCAACAGUGGUCGGGAGAGCCCAAUAAGUGCAUUCACAAAGGAAGAGAAUGGCCAUUUCACUUUGCCAGGCUCAGUUAGCAAAGUGGUGACUGAGCAACUACAGCAGGGUAAUAUUGUUCGGGUGACUACCAGCGAAAGACGGUCAGAGGAGAACCCUGAUAAAGAUCAGCUUUCCAGAGAUGGAGAGCCUCUAACACAGUCGCUGCCUUUAUGUCUUGAUGAUGAGCUAGAGAGAAACCAUGCAAAAGUGCUGUCAGCUCGAGCUCCUACCACUUACAGAUCUAUGCCGAUUGUUAGUGAGACAUUCCCAUUGGUCUACAACACUGGGCAGCCACACAACAAACCAUUCAGCAGCCCAGGCUUCCACACUCUGGAUCCUACAGGUCUUUCCAGAAAUCGCCCCUUCCUGAUGCAUAAUGACAUCAGGGGGAGCAAAGUUCACUCUGCCAUUGUCCGCCUCACGGAUGCCGCACAAGAGAGGCACGCGGCCAGGCUUCAGCGCAUGCCGGCCACUAAGUCGAGCCUACACAACUACCAGGAGCCGACAGAGGAUGCCAGAUCUGGAUACAUGGAGCAGAGGCUACAGAGUCUCAGGGUGCUGUCUGCAGAUGGGACCCAGUACGCUGACCAGGACAGACUUCAUAUGCCAAGCCCUGCCUCAGGCAAGAGCUCUGCCAUUCCCUUCCUCAGCCUCAAACAGUGCCCAGUCUCCUCUGUGCCAGUAGGCACAGUGCUUAAUGGAAUAAACCCCAAGCAAAACAGCAGGUGUAGAAUUCGAUCCCCAGAUGACACAAGACCACCUUAUAGUGGAAGUAAGACCAAAACGACCAUCUAUCCAAGGCCUGAGUCUAUAACCUCAAACAAAACCAAAGACUCGCUCCUACAGAAGAAGGAAAUAGGCUUUGUAUGUAUAUCAAAAGCACUGAUUCCCCAUAAAAGUGUGGUAUAUCCAUGCCUGUCUCAACACGGACUGCAGAAAAAAGUGUGGCACCCAGCGUCAGCUCAGCCUUUUCAUGGUGUUGUCAUGUCACCAGCAAGUGAUUUGGAGAGUGUUGGGAUUGGUGUUAGUUUAUUUGCAUCUAGACCAAAAAGUCACAUGAAUUCAGAAGUCCAAAAUAUGACAACUAACACACCAAACCCUGAUCCCUCAGAUGAUCAGGAAGAGUGGUCUAACAACGAUGUGCCUCUAAACAAGGAUUGCAAACAGAUUAUAAGCAUACCUACGGCAGAGAUUGUGUAAUUUCUGAGUUAUAAAAUGAAUAAAUUUGACAUCUGCAAUUACUUAAUUAUUUUAUUCAAUAAAACAUGGUUAACACAUGUA